CUUUGACAUUUCACAUUACAUUACAAUAAUUAAUCUUUUUCGUUUAAGUUUUGACGCAUCGCUGAAAAAUAUUUUUUCGUUUUGUAAAAUAAUAUGGAUGGUGUUUAUGAAGACAACUAUGUAUCUGCCAUAUUUUUUGAUUUAGAUAACACUUUAAUACAAACUAGAAAAGGAGACUCAAAAGCUUGCAAUAAGUUGGUGGAAAUUUUACACAACGAAUAUGGAGUCCCUCAUGACGUUGCGACAGAGAGCGGUGCAAACUUCCUUCGCGCUUUCCGCGCGAGGCCGGACGAUGAAUCCUACGCAAUACACGAGUGGCCGGCGCAUCUUUGGCGUAAUUGCUUGCCGAAAAACUAUAGACACAUUGCCAAAAAUAUAUCAGCCGAAUGGUUGAGAUUACGUUUUAAAUAUUUAGCUCUGACUGCUGAUGUGAUACAUCUUUUGGAAUCGUUAAGGGAGGAUUAUCUUCUCGGUCUGAUCACAAACGGGCCAUCUCGAGCCCAGUGGCAGAAGAUUGAGAAGCUGGGACUCCGCAAGUACUUCGACUGUGUGCUGGUCUCCGGGGACCUGCCCUGGGAGAAACCUGACCAGAACAUCUUUCUGGAGGCCUGCAAGUUGCUCAGCGUCGAAGCGCGACACUGCAUCAUGGUUGGGGAUAAACUCGAAACUGAUAUACAGGGUGGAAAGCAAGCAGAUUUGCUGAGCACAGUGUGGAUUCCACUGCACAAAGAUGACCCGGAAUCUGAUCUCCCAGAUUUCACUUUACAAAAUGUAACAGAGUUACCAGAUGUAUUGCCAAAUUCUCCAAAGCUCAAACGUUCAGCUAGUAAAAUCGCUGUUUGUUAAUUGUAUUAUAUAAAGCUUCAAUUAGAAGCAAAAAAAAUUAUUUGCUUAGUUGGGUUUUAAGUUUUACGGUUGUGUUUAAUUAACACCAUAUUGUCUUAUUAAUAAAAACACUAUAUCUGUCUCUUUUUAUCAGUUUAAAUAUAAUUGGACAGAAAGAGACAAAGUAAAACUUUAGUUUACAGAAUGUAAUAAGAUGAUUUAGUUUUUUUUUUACAAUAUUUAUGUAGUUACUUAUGUUGAUGAGUCCUACAUUUUAGUACCAAUUAUUUAUAUGGUCUGUGAGUUGUGUCAAGAAAGCAUAAAGAAUAGAAGGUUAUACCAGGUCAUAUAAAUUUUUGGUAUUAAACUAUCUCAAAUACAAUAGCAAUUUUUUCAAUUUCAAUGGAUUUUUUACAUUUAGUGUUAAGUAGAUAACUCUUUUUUACUCACAUCAAUGUUUUUAAAACGCACAUCUGGCAUUUGUUAAAGCUAAAUUCUACACCUAGGUUCUAUGUAUUUACAAAAUGCUAUUUUCUCUACCUAACAACUAUUAUUUAUCUAUUGAAUAUAGAGCAUAUAUGACACUCAGUUUUUUGUAAACCUUUGCGUUGGUUAUAGAACCUAAAGGUAACAUUUUAUUAGCUGUUUCGUAAAUAUUUUAAGUGUUAAUUAAAAGUGUAGUGAUUGAACAGAAAAUCAAAUCAAUAUAGCAGUAUAUUUUAUUUUUAUAGCUGUUCAUAUUUAUGUAUUUACAUAAUAGACAGUAAUGCAAAGUAAUAAAAAGUACAUUUUGGGAAAAUUAUAAUUCUAAACUUGUAAUACCAGUUACCGAAUAGUUCCUUUUACACUUAAGUUAAAUAUUGUCUAAAGAAAUGCAUCCCAUAAUCUAUAUUCAAAGUACAAAGCCGAUAGUACAAAAUCACCUAAAAAUAUACCAAGGCUUUUUACUAUCAAUCAUUAUUUAAGCCCAUUAUUCAUCCAUGUGAUUGCUAGAACUUGUGAUUUUAUAAAUCUCAGAAGAUUCUCACUUAAACAGACACCAGGCAAACUGGUGUUUAUUGAAACUUUGUCAAAAACUAAUUAGCAUUUAUAAAAUUACGAUGAUCUAGCAUUACAAGCACCACACCCCAUGAAAAACAUUCCUGAGCCUACAUUCUGAGUAACAAAAUAUAUGGAAAAAUUCAUAACAAUAGUUUACUCAUAAGAGGCCUGGAAAAUGUACUUAAUAUUUAUUAAAUCAUUUCAUUUUUCAUUGAUAAUAAUGUAAACUCUAGAUAUCAACAAAUAAGCUUUAAUCUCUGGCAUACUUAGUUGUUUUAAUGUGUACUUGUAAGAAUUAUAUUGUUUUUAUAGAUCUGUAUAGACUGUAAUUGUGAUAUUAUUGUAAUACUUUGACCUCUGAUGUGCUACAAUUUAGUUUAACAUAAAAAUCUAUUUUUGAGCAUUCUAGAGGUUAGUGUUGUCCUUAAAGAGUUUAUAACAUAGCUUGUAUGUUAGUUUUAAUUAGUUUUGGGUAAUAGUCAAAUACCCCCUUGUUCAUAAAAUCUGUCUACUUGUACUCUUUAACCGAAGUUAGUUUCUAAUUAGGUUAUGCUAAUAUGAAAAGAGAUAUAUGUACUUAAGUAAAAACAAUGUCAUUGAUGUUUUUUAUGAAUGAGGGGGUUAUUUAAUAUCUAGUUGCAUAAUGGGUUUUUUAUCUUAUAAAAUGGAUUUAGUAUAGAUUUUAAAUGUGAGUACUCUCCACCUCUCAUUGACAAGAUAACUGAAAACUACCUUUUAUUUAUAAUCUUUAAAUGAUUGUAUGUUCAAUUUAGGACUUUCUUGAUGUGAAAUUCCAUUAAUGUAUAAAAUACACUGAAAUUUGACAUGUACUGCUAUCAGGAAUAUUAACUACAGACUUUCCUGAAUGUGAUGGAAACAAGUAUUACAUUAUUUUCUCAA